UAGUUCCCGUAUUGCUGUAAGGUGUCGCUGCCUUGUCCUGUUUUCAACUUGAGGAAUGGGAAUUCAUGGGGUCGCGGCAGUCGAGACGGUUGUGGUAGUGCGGCUGGCCUGAAAUAUCCAGCUCUCGAGCAAACAGCGCCACAAAAACACAGAUAGCAGAAUUCACAAUACAUUGUAUCGGAAUUGAAGUUUGAAAUUUUAAAACGUUUGUGUGUUCUUAUGAGUUACGAAUUGUCACAAUGAUUCGGACUUUUCUAUUGCUGCUUUUCGCAGCCCUCGCUGCACCGUCUAAACUAAACGUACCCCGUGUCCUAUUACCAAUCUCUACUAAAACACCGGUAAAUUUCACGCUAGAAGUGUCUGACGGGGGUUGCUACACGUGGUCUUCCUCACGGCCAGAAGCAAUAAAAAUCAUCCCACUCCUUGACGAUACCGGAUGUUCAAGGAAUGCUGUCGUUACCUCUGCAGGAACUUCAUCUCAUAAAACAUCUGCAAUUGUGUUGGCCCAAGAGAUAAAUACCGGAGAACUUCUUCGCUGUGAUGUCAUUCUCAAUCACAUCCGUACUAUUCAAAUUGCAAUGAAAACUCGUGAACUUUUCAUAGAAGACGCUCCUGAAGAGUUCUAUGCUAGGGCGUCGGACGACCAAGGAAAUGAAUUUUCUAGCGUGGACGGUCUAGUAUUCCGAUGGACGUUCGAAGGUCAUUCUACGGAUCCUGAAACGGGAAAUGAACCUGUGCUGCGUUGGGUACAAUUUUCCGAUUCUUCAUACGAAGUAAAACCGUCUAUUGCUGCCCUCGAGACACUUGGCUACCAGGGCCACGUUAUUCUGAUUGAAGGUUUACGUACGGGUUCCGCCAAAGUUUCGGUUCGGCUUGAAGAUGAAAUUUUCAAAAAUGUCCCUACUGUGGAUGUGAACAUUGUAGUGGUCGCAAACCUAGUGCUUGAUCCUCCCGAACUUUAUCUUCUUCCGGGAACUAUCGUACCUUUACGCUUGAGUCAAAUUCGACAAGGAAAAGCGGAAGUAAUUUCUUUACCUUCGUCACAAUAUUUUCUUGAGGCCGAUGACCCUAAAGUGAGCGCCACCGUCGAUAAUACCGGCUCCAUACGGGCUUUGGGACUUGGAUCUACUCACGUCCGCUUACGUGACAGGAACAUGAAGGAUCCCGAUGUCAGCCACGCCCCGUACGUGAUUGUCAAUGUCGUUCACCCGCAUCGUCUUUCAUUAGCGCUGUUGCCUGAGCGAAGCUGGGCAACGUUUCUUGGCAGAAAUCACGCAAUUUUCGUGGAAUUGUUUGAUGAACAUGGCAAUUUGAUUCAGCCGAACGACGAUCUCUCUGUAAAUGUCAAUGUUCCGCAAUCCUUCACCGUGGACAAAGCUACUAAAAAUGGCACUUACCAUUCUGGCAAAGCUUCCCUACUUGGAGUACAUAAGGUUAAAGCGUCUUUACGUUCCAUCAAGCUGAUGGAUGGCACUGAGCUUGAAUUAAAUCCGACAUUAAAGACCAGUGCCGACCUGGAGAUUUUUGAGAGCAUAACCGUAACUCCUCCUAUACAAGUACUUGCUUGGGAUCCAAUAACACAACCCCGACAUGAGAUCAAGUAUAAGGCUGCUGGAGGUGUAUCAUCGCACCAUUUCUCCUCGUCCAACACAUCAUUUGCAGCAGUUUCACAAGCUGGUCUAGCCAAAACUGUAGGCCAGGGUUGGUGUAAUAUUUCGGCCAAUAUUCCGAAAUAUCCGCAUUUGCGUGGCGAUGCUGCUCUCUAUGUUCUUCCUCCCUUCAAUAUGAGCAUUUUGAAUCACAUAGUCGAAAUUGAAGAAGGUAGUUCCAUCAAUGUACCCGUGGCCAUGAUGACCCGAUUGCCUAACGGAGAGGAAAUUGCAUUCAAUGACUGCUCGGACGUUUCUAUUGGAAUUGAGUUAAGUGAUAAGAAGAAUUUCCAAAUUGGCCCUUUGGUCAAAGAUACCCCAAAAAUUAAGGGCUGCCGAUCAAUUCCCGUCCACGCUUCGGGCAUAUCAGUAACGAAAUUGGCUCUCACAUUUUCUGGCGACAAUAUGGCCGUGAAGGAUAGCACAAUUUUGGCGUCUUUUCGGAAACUCCGCCUUUUAGAACCGGUUAAAGAAAAAACUGUGUUAGCAUUGGGAUCUUCUCGACUGAUUGUUUUUGAAGGUGGACCUUUACCUUGGAUAAACAAACCAUCAGGCCAUUACCGUAAAAUUGGCGUCAAGAAUGAAACGGUUGCCUCUGUCGGUCAGUUGCAAGCCGUUACAGACAGUAGGCAUAUUCACAAAGACGUCUUUCAAGUGGAAGUAUUCUGUCGUCAAAGUGGCGAUACGGAAAUCGUAUAUCGUGUUGGAAACAUUGCCUCUGCUUCUAACAUGUAUCCAGUGCAAGCUUCGAUACAAAUUGAGGUUUCUUGUGCACAUCCUGGUAAAAUUUAUUUGAUGCCCGAAAUACGAUUUCCAGACGAAACUAGAGUUCCAUGCACAAUCGACACCACUACUCAAAGAGUAGCCACGCAAUCUUAUCUUGAUUUAAAAUUAAUAACAGUGGUAAAAGAUGAAAAGGGUCGCAAAUUAGACAAUUAUUCCAGCGUAGAAUUAGAAUGGACUCUGUCACGUACGGAACUAGGACAACUUAAUAAGGAAGGACUCUUGGUUGAUACCGAAGAAGCAAAUGGGUACCCAACGUUCGGGCGGAGCUAUCGUAUGUUGAAGCCUAUUGGUAAAACUGGACCACUGGAUGUGACGGUCCGAAUUGUUGGAUACAAGCCGGAAGUGCUGCGAAUGUUGAAUUUAAUCGCCCAGCCUUUGCUGAUUCAAGCUUCAUCCCAAACCUCAUUAGACGAAGAAGAGGAAGUCAGCGAAACGCUAACUAGCACGAUUGAUUUGAUUCUUGUUGAAGAUGUGAAAAUAGCUUCUGUCGGAGAAUCGCUUUACAACCAUCCCAAAAAUAAGAUGUUGCUGUAUUUGACCGAUGGAUCUGGAAGCUUUCAUUUGGAUUAUGAACCCAAACAUAUUGCUCACGUGGAUUACAAUGCUGUGAACCGAUCCGUUUUGGUAUCUCCUUUAAUGAACGGCGAAUUGAGAAUAACAGUGACUGACCAAUGUUUGUGGACGCGUCAACCUGCUACUACCACGAUUCAGGUUGUGGGCAUUUCGCGUAUCGAGUUGCAAGUGUCCGACAAAAUUGAGCAGGGCAACAGUGUCCCGAUGAACGUACAGUUGUUUGAUACGUUAGGUCACCCCUUGGGAGCAAAUGUGUUACAUUUUGUGAAACUGCAACCCCAACUAGGAUCUUCCAUUGUUCGUGUCAAAGCCAGUGAAGGUUUACAUCACACACUGGAGGGGGUGGCAUUAGGUGAAACUACUGUUGCUUUCAGCUCGGCUGCCGUUCACAGUUCUGUCGUAAAUGUCCAAGUGUUUGCUCCGUUGAAACUGAGUCCUCGGAACGUCACACUUGUUUUGGGAGCUACAAUGCAAGUGGUGAGUUCCGGUGGACCACAGCCAGACGCUGUAGUCGAGUAUACUCUUGAAAAUGAACAAACCGCAACAUGCACUUCAAAUGGAAUUGUUGAUGCGAUUCAACUUGGACGCACCAAACUGUUUGCUCGGGCAGUGGGUAUUGAUCGGCAAACAGGAAAACCACGAAUCUAUUCACAAGACCAGGUGGAUGUCCAUGUAGUACGUCUGUCAGGGAUCCGCAUUGUGGCUCCACUAACUCGUUUACGACAGGGCACUGAAAUGCCUGUGUACCUUACGGGUCUUGAUGACUUUGAAAUACCGUUUGCCUUUGGAACCUGCAAUCCUCCUCUUGUAGUUGAAUGGCUUUUGACCGAUCACCAAUCGGGCCAAGUUUCAAGUCCUUACCAACAUAGCGGCUUGAAUCCUUUGUCAACUGGCAGUUACUUUGCGUCACGUUUUAGGGCGUUACAGCCGGGCCACACAACUUUGAAGGUUAAAGUUUCUUCCCGGCCAUCUUCUGGUCAGCUGCAACAUGCAGAACUGACAGAUGAAAUUUCGAUUCAAGUCUAUGAGUCACUACAGCUUAUUAACCCCUACCCUACGACUGGUGACGUGAUUGUUAUGAUGCCAAGUACCGAACUCAAUUUGAGGACCAAUCUGGAUUCGGCGGCUUCCAUUGAGUAUACAGUAGGAGGAUCGAAUGACAUAAUCCAUUCAGAUAGCAAAGGAAAUAUUCGAUCAGGUCGUUCUUUGGGCCAUUCGUCACUCAUUACAACGGCUGUUAACAAUUACGGAGUAGCACAGUCUUUAAGCACGCUAGUGGAGGUUCGCUCUGUAUCUUACAUAAUGUUGACGGCCGCUCCACUCUUGAAUUUGGCACCGACAACUCAUCUGUCCGACAUACCACGAGGGUUUGACUUGGAGCUUCGUCUAAGCUACAGAGAUGCUCUUGGACGCUCUUUCCAUGGCGUACGCAAUCAGCUAACGUUUCGUCCUAGCCGAUUUGAUUUGAUUCGCCUCUCGUACGACCCAGACAAUGCGACAUUGAUUGUACAUGCUGACAAAGUUGGCCAAACUAUUUUGCAUUUAUCCGAUGAAUUAAAUCCAGGGCUUAAAGACUAUCUUCGAUUCGAUGUGGCCGACGUGCUCCAACCUCAGCAAGCUGACCUCGUAUUAGGAGAUGUGGUGUGUUUUUCAACCUAUGUACUGCCAUUGAGUGGAGGACGUAGCAAGUGGUCAGCAGACGUUAAAAUGAUUGACAUAGACUCGGAAACAGGAGUGGCGAUAGUGGUUGGAACGGGAACGAGUGAAGUGACUUACAGCAUUUCUGAAAAACAAAGCACAUCAACCGAAGUGACAACAGUCCCUAUUUCUUCGCUACGUUUCGAAGAAACGUCGGAAAAGGCUAUUACUGAUGCACGGCGGGCUGGUCAGUUUUUCGCCCUGAGUCUACGUCUGGCUGGUAGCAGUCUCGUCGGAAACAAUUGUAGCAUUGAGGCUGUGACUCGUUUUACGCGUUCUCGUACACCACUUCUCACUUGUUCAGUUUCAUUUGAUAUUGAAAGUGAAAUCAAUAUCGAGGAUAUUUUCAUUUCUAAAGCCGAAUUUGAUCCCAAAACGGGAUUCUAUCAGUGUGUUGUUAAAGCAGUAGGAAACCCAACUGUAGCGAGUAGCACAUUGGACACUGAUGUUGUGCUAAAAGCUCGGUUUUCUAAUGUUGUUGCUCAAAUGAAGAUGCCUUUCUAUCCUGCCGUGUUUGUUCAGACACCAGAAGUCCAUGUUAGUGAUCUCCAGCCUGCCUCACAUCUUAUUGUAACGGGGAAAUCGAAUGUUCUAAAGCAAUUGGAGUUCAUUAGUAGUGAUAGUUCUGCUUUAAGCAUUUACGGUCCUCAACACCCGUCGCCAACGAGUAUCAAGAUACCUGUUCGGUUCAACCCAGGGUAUCUAAGCGAAAACAGUAGAACGUCUUUAUCCAUCACAAUUCGGAGCCCUUUGUCAGGACAACAAGUAGAAAUCCCGGUGAAAGUUAAAUUAUUCGGUGACCACGUUCAGUGCGUACCCGACGCAACAUGGGUAAACGUAUUAACUUCCGUGUGGCAGUUCGUCCAAGAAAGAGCACUUAGUGUCCUUUCUCUACUUGGGACCUGCGCAGCCAUAUAUAUAGGUUAUCGUUUCUUCGCCGGAUGGUCCUCUUACCAAGUAACCUCAAAUCCUGUCGCAUUUCUACCACCCAAAGGGAUUUCCGAGGUUCCGACAUAUGGUUCACCCUUUAUUAAACGCGGACCGCAACUCUGGAGCGUGGAUAAUGAAUCUCCGCUUCACAGCUCAGGGAUUUACUCUCGGUCACACCACUCAUCUCCUAGCACCUCUUCCCCUUUAUUAAGUAGACGUCAAUCGCCCUUCUAAUUUUUUAAGUAGUGUUUAAGUUGUCCAAUGUUUUUUUCCUAUACAAAAUGUGUUUUAAUUUUGAACAGACAUUCAUGUGAAAAUAUUAGCAAUUUUGUACUCUCCCAAGUCCAUCAGUUACAGGAGAUGAAGACAAGCAAUACAGUUGUCCUAAUUUAAAUCCUUAUUCUAAGAAUAAUACACAGUUUGGAAUCAUU